CACUGAGUGACAGCAAAAUCAAAAUGACUUUAAUCCAUGACGUACAGUCAGACCAUGCUAUCGGGAGCUUUUCGGUUGGAUGGUAGUAUCCGGUCGUAUGACAACAACAUGCACGCUUAAACCAAUCGAGAACGCUGCUGAAGUAAAUGUUUGUAAGUUGCGUCAUUGACGGUGAAUCAAACGUGCUUUUCAAGUCGUUGCAAAGGUGGAAAUGGGUCCUGCAAAAAGUCUCGGAAUGUUCACUGUUUUCUUCCCAAUGGGACACGUUUCUUAAAACUCAAAGACCACACAGACUCACUCGGCGCUGUGCCAGAUCUUAAUGUUGUUCUGAAAAGAAGUAUUGGAUAAGAAAGACGGGCGAAGAUGGAUGGUGGCGAAUAUUUAAUGUCAGCAGAAAACAUGGAUCCGACGUUGUCAGAACUUGGAGUGGAGUUUACUUUAGGUGACAUUGAUGAAAUGCUCCAGUUUGUCACCCACCAAGUAGAUGACCUUUUAGAAGACCAGAAUGCACUGGGUUGUGUCCAAGGCAGUGGGCUGGGAGCCCUGCAACAAGUCUCUCAAUCGCCAGCACAGACCUUCCAAACCAGCCCCUCUGUGCACACCCCCCACACUGUCCGCCUCACUUCCCCUCAGACCCCCGCCCGAGUGUUCUCUGCACAGCCCCACCCCCGCGCCCCACCCCUGCUCCAGCCAAAGCCCUGGCCCGUCCCACAGGUCCAGGUGCAGCAGGCCCAGGUCCAAACUCACGUCCUGCCCAUGAGCUCUCCAGGCCUGCCAGGCCAGGCCCAGGCCCACGGUCUCCCGGUGCAAACUCUGGCCCAGAGGGUGCUGUUCACACCUGGCCUGACCAGCGGCUCCCAGUCCCAUUUCAUCCACAACUCCCUCAUCUGCCACCAGAACCCUGCGCCUGGUUUCCAAGUCCUCCAACCACAGAUGCAGAAUAUUGUGACCUCACCCCACGUCCAGCCAAUGGCAUUUCAGCAUCAGAGUGUCCUGACGCCAUCGGGCCAGGCCAUCCAGACGCUGACCACAGCCCAACCGGCAAUGCAGGCCAUGUCACCACAAGUCCAACAGAUUCUGAUCCACCAGCCCCAGAUGAUAAAUGCAGAUUCCCUGGUGCUGACCACUCUGAAACCCAAUGUGACGCAGGUUCUGUCCAGCGUGCAGAACCCAACCGGUAUCGCCGGUUUCACAGGCCCCAUCCAGACUUCUGCCCUGCAAGUUCCAACCCUAUUUGGUGGCAGUGUUCUAACCACCAUGCCGAUGAUGAUGGGGGGCGGAGACACGGUGCCAGUCAAUCAGCUGUCUCAAGGGACACCGCUGUGCGGGAACAUGGCGUACAUUGGACAGGAGCAGGGGGCGGGCUUAGGGAUGGGGAUGGGGAUUGUGGCGGGGCCAGGGGUGAAGGAGGGAGAGAGCAGGUCCACUCACAACGUCAUCGAGAAGAGGUACCGCUCGUCCAUCAACGACAAGAUCAUGGAGCUGAGAGACCUGGUCAUGGGCAACGAUACCAAGAUGCAAAAGUCGGGGGUUCUGCGGAAGGCCAUUGACUACAUUAAGUACAUGCAGCAGGUCAACCAGAGGCUGCGGCAGGAAAACCUGGCCCUCAAGGUGGCCGGCCGGAAGAACAAAGGGGAGGUUCACGGGGCAGUGACGUCCCCCCCAGCCUCCUCCUCAGGCUCCAGCUCCCCCCGGAGGAUCUCCCCCCCCUGCACCAGCGCAGAGUCAGAGAGACCCCUGCUGGCACAGGAGCAGAAGAGUGAGCCGGACUCGGAGGGAGUGAUGGAUCGCUCUCGUCUCCUCCUCUGCGCUCUCACCAUCCUCUGCCUCUCCCUGAACCCGCUUCCCUCGCUCCUGGGGUCCAGGGCCCCGGCUGGGCCCAACUGGAGCUCAGUAGAGACGGGACACGGACCCUCCAGAACCACGUUUGGCCUACCUGGCCAAUCCCAGAACCUUGCGGGCUGGCUGUGGGCGCUGCUGCCCUGGGUGGCCGCGUGGGCGCUGAGCUGCGUGGGGGCGCUGUGGGGCUGCGUCCGGGUGCUGUGCCUCUGGGAGCCCGUCACCCCGCUCCACUCGCCCAGGUCCGUCUGCUUCUGGAGGCACUGCAGGCAGGCCGAGCUGCAGCUCCACAGGGGUGACUACGCAGCUGCAGCUGCCAGCCUGCAGUCCUGCCUCUCUGACCUGUCCAGAGAGCUUCCGCUCUCCUCAUUUGACCUCGCCUGCUCCCUCUGCUGGAACGUGAUUCGCUACUGCCUGUACUGGCCGGCUCCACUGCGCUGGCUGGGUCUGCAGAUUGGAGGGGGGCGCGAGGGGGAGGAGUCUCAAACCAGUUGCCGUGACGCUUCUCUCGCCUAUCACAGGCUCAGCCAGCUACAGCUUACGGGGCACCUGCCCCAGCACAGCAGCCUGUGGGCUCUGUCCCUGUCCCUCAGCGCGGUCAACCUGAGCGAGAGCGCCCGCGGGAGGGUGGCCCCGGCCCUGAGGACUGAGAUCUACGCGACCGCGGCCAUCGCGCUGCGCUGCGCCCUGGGGCCCCGGCCCCUCUGCCUGCCUGGUUACCUGCUGAGCUGUGCAGAGAGUGUGGCCUUUUCCUCUUCAGACAACACUCCGCUCCCCGAUUGGCUGCACUGGCUCUUUACGCCACUGGGAAAGUGGUUCUUCCUGAGUUGUGAUUGGUCCGUGAAAUUCAGUAGCCGAGAGGAGGUGUACACUUCUCAGAGAGGACCAGCCGACCCCAUCGCCCAGCUGCACGGCUGCUUCUGCGAGGAGCUGCUGGAGCGAGCCGUGCUCGCCCUCGUCCAGCCCGCGUUCGGAGGGGUCCCGGACGCCAGGCGAGAGGACCACAGGGAGUUUGUGGGUGCCAUGGAGUAUCUCCAGCUGUUGAGCAGCUGUACAGAAGACUCACUCUGUCCCUCUAGCCCUGUCCCUCACCCAGCCAAUCACAGCUCUACUGCAGUUGUAGACCCCGUGUGUCGGUGGUGGGCGUUGGCCCUGAAGGCAGCCGUCCAUUGGCUGCAGGGUGACGAUGCGGCGGUGAGGUCAUUGCUGGCUGAGGUGGAGCUCAUGCCCAAAACCCUGCGUGCACUGAAUCACCCUUUGCCCAAAGCUGUGCAGCAGCUGUGCAGGGCUGUGGAUCUGAGUCUGGAGGGGGAGGGGGCCCUGGGCUGCCUGUCCCACUGCGACCGGGCCAGCGGCCACCUGAGGGCCAGCAUCUCUGUGAGCCACGCCCAGCCAGGGAACUGGCUCACCAAGGGGGUGGAGCUCCUGGUGUGUGACCUCUUGCUGACCCUGAGGACCACAGCGUGGCAGCGAGGAGGUGGCCCCGUUGGUGAGCCUGGCCCCGCCUCCGGUUCCCAAUUGGCUGGAUUUCAGGCGGACCUCAGCUCUCUGCGCAGACUGGGACAGUGCUACAGGCAGGCGCAGCAUAAGGUGUUCCUGCACGAGACCACGGUGAGGCUGAUGGCGGGGGCCAGCCCCACCCGCACUCACCGCCUGCUGGAGCACCGCCUGAGACGCCGCGGACCCCGCCCCGGGGAAACUACAGGAGAGGACUGCGUGCCCGGGGAGAGGGAGAGGGCCCACGCCAUCCUGCUGGCCUGCCGCCACCUGCCCCUGCCCCUGCUGACCCCCCCGGGGCACCGCGCCCGCCUGCUGGCGGAGGCCAGCCGCACGCUGGAGCGGUAUACUCCACGUAUGCAGUCAGAGAUUCCAAGCAAGAUUGCACACUCUUGGGUUACGGAUCAGCUGAAGUCCAACUGUCUGUAUGCCAGCCGAACCACCCGCCACUCUUAUGGUUAUUUCAGUGGACCAUACCAGAGUCGGGCAUCUGCUGGUUUCCAUGAUGUUUUCAUCUUCCACACGGGAACUAUUUCCAGUUAUGUUGUUGGGUCUUGAUUAUUAACCCUUUCCCAUACAUGCACAUAUUACUGUGCAGGAGGCUUAAGAAACCAUUUGUAGUACAACCUGUGUGAAGCAUUACCAAAAUGUAUUAUUUAACUGUAUAUUAUGCAUCCAGGGCUGUACAUCUAUUAGGAGCUGACUCUGGAGAAACAAGUUGCACUGAACAUUUGCCGAAGUGUGCUGAAAAGCUGAAUUAGCAUUUAUUCACUGAACUGUUACACCCAGAUAAGCUUGGCACUGCGUAUGUGACGUUGUAUGUAGAAGUUAGUGAAAAAGCUGAAAUAUUUGAAACUUGAAACUGUAAAAACUGAAAUGUUUUAAGGACGUGUAAUGUUGGCCAGAUAACCAGCUCUAUCCAUCUAAAAACGGAGAAAUGAGGAAAAAAAUUAAAGAAAAAAAAACAUAAUUUGAUGCCACAGAUUAGGUAUGGAGCCAAAAAAUAGCCAGGGGUAUGCUGCAUGAUGUAGAUUUGCAAAGUAGCGGUUUACAAAUGACCUUCAUUCACAAAAAUGCUCAGAAAUGACUGUUAUCAUGUUUUAACUUCACUACAAUGCACUGCAUGCGAGAAGUAAUGCACUGAAGCACUGGUCUGCAUUGAUCUCAGAGAUUGUCUCCAUUCCUUAUUCCUGCCUGAGAGGUCAUGCUGGCAGGAAGUGUGUGUGGUGUAAAUAUGUACGAAUGAAAGAUGAGCUUUAAGGGUUUUACUUAACCUUUCCCUGCUGCUGCUGUCUGUAUCAAGGGACCAUUCUCCCAGUUCUGAUUUCUUUGUUCAUAUCUUGUUUGUCUUUUUGUUCUGCAUGAAAUGUUUUUUUUAAUUUUUUAAAUAAAGGCAUAUACUUAAAAAAAAUAUAUUUUAUCACGACUGGCAUAAAAGCAAGUACAUUUACACAAGCUGAUUGAUACUGGUAUGCAUUUUUGUAUUCCGAUAAUGUGUAUUUUCUCAUUGUAUAUAAUUCUCAUAACAGCUUGGCUUAUUUGCAGUACCAUCAUUUAUUGGUUUCUCAGUCUGUUGUCAAUAGAAACAGUGAUGUUAUGAAGUUACAGAGCAGAGCCUCUGUACCCUUAUGCCUCUGAUUUCCCUGUGUUUGCAGGUUCUGAUCGCAUUGGUGCUCUUUCUUUAUUAAUAAAAUAAUUUUACAAACCA